AGCUCUCUCUUCGUCUACUAAAUAGUAUUCAUGGAUUCAAGAUGGCAGAUUAUAUUGACAUAAAUAAUAGUCACAAAAUGACAGAAAAUAAUAUUCCAAAACGCUGUAAUAAUCAUUGGGUGCGAUUAAAUGUUGGUGGUACACAUUUUUUAACAGCAAAAACAACAUUAACAAGAGAUCCAAAUUCAUUUUUGUAUCGAUUAUGUCAGGAAGAUUCAGAUCUCAUAUCAGACAGGGAUGAAACUGGUGCAUAUCUCAUUGACAGAGAUCCAACAUAUUUUAGUCCAGUAUUGAAUUACCUACGUCAUGGAAAAUUGGUUAUCAAUAAAGACCUUGCUGAAGAGGGUGUUCUUGAAGAGGCUGAAUUUUAUAAUAUAACAGAACUUAUUAGACUUGUUAAUGAGAGAAUUAUACUCAGGGAUACACGACCAGCAAGAGACUUAAAAAAACAUGUUUACAGAGUACUUCAAUGUCAUGAAGAUGAGAUAACACAAAUGGUAUCAACAAUGUCUGAUGGUUGGAAAUUUGAGCAGUUAAUUAAUAUUGGAUCACAGUACAAUUAUGGUAAUGAUGAUCAUGCUGAAUUUUUAUGUGUGGUCAGUCGUGAAUUUGGCUCAAGUCAAUUGGCAAGUAAAGAACAGGAAUCCACUGAUCGUGUUAAGGUACCAGCUAAUUAUUUAAAUUCUGCUCAUUCAAGCCAAAAUAAUCAUGAAUAAUAAUUAUUAGUUUUUAAAUUUUUAAAUUUAAUUGCAUUAUUAACAAUAAUUAUUGUCGUUUUAUUAUUUUUAUAACCGACGUAACUAUUUAUUAUUAUUAUUAUUUAUAAAUAUUAUAUAUUAUAGGCUAAUGAUAAUUAUUUAUUAUAAAAAAUAUUUUUUUUGUUGUCACAGCUAGUACCAAAGUAUUUUUUGAAUUAACUGUUGAUUAUUUAAACAAAAACAAAUAUGAUAAAAUUAAAUGCCAAUUGUUAAUCUAAUGGGAAUUGAUUUUUAUUUUUUUUUUUUUAAAAACAAAGCUUGUUUUAAUUAAUUUAGCUGAAUAAUGAUUAUUGUUAUUUUAAUGAAAAUAAUUAUGAAUUUUUUUUCAUUGUCGAGCUUAAUUGUUUUAAUUAAUUCAAUUUGCAUGGGCACGAUUUCAUUUUGUGUUUAGUAUUAUUUUUAUUUUAUUUAUCAUAAUAAUUAUCGAUAUUAUUAGUAUUAUUAUUAUUAUUAUAUAAUUAUUGUAACGCAUGAUUUAUUUUAUUUGAAAAAAAAAAAUAAAUAAAGAUUAAUAAUGUCUUUACAUCGGUUUGGUUAAUUUUUUUUCCUUUGUCAAGCAUGAUAAUUAAUUGUUGUUGUCGUUUUUUGUUAUAAAAAAAUAUUGAUGAAAUAAUUAUUGUUGUUUAAAGAGUGAGAAAUUAUUAAUUUGAAGUUUUAUUUAUUUAUUUGUAACAAGGUGAGUUGAUGAAAAUAGAAUAAAAUAUUACUGAGUAGAUCUAGUUACGUCGGUAGUUAGUUUAUAGAUUUUUUUUUUUUUUAUUCAUUUUUUUAUAAAUAAAACACUUGUAUGUAUAAAGCAAAUAGUUAAAAAAUUAAAUAAUAAUAAUUUAAUUGAUUUUGCAGGUACUGCAGCAAAAGGGUUCACGCAUGUAAAUUAUUAUAAUUUAAUUUAAAAAUCAAUCAACUGUGCAGCAACAACAUGAAGACUGUUUACUUGAUUAUUUAUUAUUCAUAAAUAUAGUAAAAUAUAUAAAUAAAUAUUUAUAUCACAGAGGUGAGAUUUUUUUAUAUAAAAUUCUCAAGGAUUUAUCUACGUAUAAUAGCAAAAGAAAAAAAAAAAAAAAACAAUUUUUAACGUAUUCAUGUUUAAUUUUAUUACGAUAUGGAAAAAAUGAAAAUGAUUUUUCACAAUAAACAUACGUGUCUUCGAUCAAUAUUGGUCUGCGUUCAAUAAUCAAAAUUGACCAAUUUUUGCUGAAUAAUUAUACUAGACAAUAGCUUU